AUGGAGAAUCUAGAGGAGGCAUGGAUGCGAUUAUCUUUGUCUGAACAUGAAGGCGAGGUAUUCAACUUUGAAAGCCAAGCAUGUAGGAAAGAGUAUACGUUGGCGGCUAAGUUUUUCACGAAGCGUGCCCUAAAUAUUGAAGCUGUUGCGCGUACUCUGAAGCCUUUAUGGAGGACUAAACAAGACUUUGAGAUUCAAGACAUGGGCAAUCAUAUUUUGUUGUUUGUCUUUGAGAACGAACUUGAUGCCAACCGAGUUUUGCUGGGAGAACCUUGGAGCUUUGAUAAGUAUUUAGUUGUGCUGCGUAGGUAUGAGGAUGAUAGCUCUCUCCAGAGGCUCCAUUUUGAUACGGCGAAGUUUUGGGUUCAGGUACAUGGCUUACCGGUUCGACGUAUGGUCACAGAGACGGCAGAGAAUCUCUGUAAAUCUGUGGGAAGGGUGAUUCACUCCAAUGAUAGUUCUGAAAUAGAAUGCGGUGAUUUUAUGCGAAUAAGGGUGGAGGUAGAUGUUCACAGGCCAUUGUGUAGAGGAAGAAGAGUUCGCUUCAAUCCGGAUAGGGAGGGUUGGGUGUCGUUUCGGUAUGAACGGCUACCGAUUUUUUGUCAUUGGUGUGGGGUUUUGAACCAUGACUCUAAGGAGUGCGAUUUGUGGAUUCAAAGUAAGGGUGAGUUACACAGGAGUAUGGAUCAUGGUUGA